AUGGGAGAGUUGCCACUGAUCCACUGGCUAAAUGACACAAUUGCCUGUGCUCUUGGCUUUACUUUGAAUGUUUUCCUUGUCAUCGCCAUAUUAAAGACCUCUACGGACAAAUUCAGAUCCUAUUCUUAUCUUGUUUUGACUGGAGCGGUAUUUGAUAUUAUCUUUUCAACUUUCGAAUGGAUCAGUUUGCAUGUAAGUUGAUUCAAAACGUUGUUGUCAAGAGCGGUGAUUCUGACGGAUAUUGUGAUUUUAGCAACUUCUGAUCAAAAAUGGCAUCAUGUAUGUUAUGCCCCAUGGCUUGGAAUUCAAUUUGUUCAAGUACUUUGGAUAUCACCUAAUGAUUGCGCAUUGUUUUGUGGGAAUGCAUGGAUUGUGGAUAUUGCCGGCUCAUUAUCACUAUCGAUAUGUGAUUAUUACAAAGUGAGGGAUGCCAUAAGAAUUCUUGGCUUCUUUUUUGGCCCCAAAAAAGACCCCCCACAGUUUCGCCUAUCGGACGAGAAAUCUUGUAUCUUUUGCUGAGACCCGAAUACAUAUUUGUUAAAUUUUUUAUCCCAGCAUUUGUUAUCCCAGCCUUUCCAAGUUACUUCAAAAUUCAUUUCAGACCCUCAGCACCAGUCACGGUCCUCCUUCGCAACCUUCUAAUUACGUCAACCACAGCUCUUUGCAUGGGUGCCGUAGCCGUCAUUGGGGUUAAUCAAGCAAUGGCCAGAGGCUUUGACUAUUACUUAUCUCAAAUUGAUGAGGAAUGGUUUGAUCAGAACGGAAAUAGUCACUUUUUAUACGCCAUGGACUUUGUAAGUGGAACUUUGAACGUUCAAACACAAUGUAUAACUAAUGCAACAUCAGAGUCCACAAAGUUCAAUUAAGCCCUCAGGGUUUGCUUAGUAUCGAAAAUAAUUUUUUUAGAGAGAUUCUGGAACUUUGGCCUUUUUCUUUGUCAGCUUUGGAAUAACAACAGUUUGUUUUGGCAUUAGUAUUUACUACGCGUACAAGGCUUGGAAAUUUAUUGUAAAAUCAGGCGGUGAAAGAAGCAAACGGACGACUCGAUUACAAGAACAGUUCACAAAAAGUUUGUUGGCUCAGGUAUAACUUUUUUUAUCAUAAUAACCAAAUGAAACUACAAAAAAAUAACGUGGUAACACAUGUGUGUAUCCAAUUUGAAGUAUUACACAUUUUGUUUUCUUCAUUUUAAAUUACAUUUACAGACCAUAAACGCCGUCAUCUUCGCGGUGAUGCCCAUCUCCGUCAUGUGUCUAUCCAUGCAAUUCAAGCUCAAUUGCAAGUGGUCUGGUCUCUGGGUGAUGUCGGUGAUUAGUUGGUUAGCGGCGGCCAACGCUAUCCUGACCUUGAUUAUCAUCAAAACUUAUCGGAAGUAUGCGCUGAAAGUACUCGGCCUCGAGAGCUUUGCCACAAGAUGGGGAUUGAGCAAGACAGAGAACAGUUUUACCGGGAAACCAUCGAGAACAGCGCCGAUCUCUCAGUUGUCCACGAAUCACAGUGGAUCGCGUCAAGCAACUGACUGA